AUGUCAAGCUCCCGUCCCUUCCACCUUCUACGCAUCGGCGUCCUCCUACUCCUACUGCCUUGCAAAUCAAGCUCGCAGCCCACCUCCGGCGACCAAGAUACCCUCCUUGCUAUCAAGCAAGACUGGGGAAACCCGACGCAUCUCCAUUCGUGGGACCCCGUCGCCAACGCCGACCAUUGCAACUGGACCGGUGUGGUUUGCAGUGACGGCGAACGCGCCGUCACGGGGAUAUCCUUGCCGGGGUUGAAGCUUAGCGGCAAGGUGCCAGAGUCUCUGUGCCACCUGCCGAGCCUCACCCACCUCGACCUCUCCUACAACAACCUAACCGGCGAGUUCCCCGGCGCCCAGCUCUAUGACUGCUCCCAGCUCCGCUUCCUCGACCUCUCCAACAACGCCUUCCACGGGGUCCUUCCGGUUGACAUCAGCCGCCUGUCGCCGGCCAUGGAGCGACUCAACCUGUCGGUAAAUUACUUUGAUGGCACCAUGCCGGCCGCGGUGGCCGGGCUUCCGGCGCUGAGGUCGCUGGUUCUUGACAACAACCAGUUCACCGGGGCGUACCCUGCGGCCGAGAUAAGCAAGCUCGCCGGGCUCGAGGAGCUCACGCUUGCCUCCAACCCGUUCGCACCGGCGCCUGCGCCGCCAGAGUUUGCCAAGCUGACCAACCUGAGCUACCUAUGGAUGUCUGACAUGAACAUGACCGGCGAGAUCCCCAAGGCCUAUUCGAGCCUAGCUAAUCUUUUGAUAAUUGCCAUAUGCGACAACAAGCUGACCGGCGAGAUCCCUGCGUGGGUCUGGCGGCACCCAAAGCUCGAGUCCUUGUACCUGUACACCAAUGGACUCACCGGCGAACUGCCGCGCAAAAUCACGGCGGUCAAUAUCAGAGAGCUUGAUGUGUCCGGAAACAAGCUCACAGGAGAAAUACCGGAAGACAUUGGUAACCUCAAGAAACUGACCAUACUGUUCAUGUACAGCAACCAGCUCACGGGCAGCAUUCCAUCAAGCAUUGCGAUGCUCCCCAAUCUCAGGGACAUCAGGCUAUUCGAAAACAAGCUCUCCGGUGAGCUCCCGCCAGAGCUUGGGAAGCACUCCCCGCUUGGAAACCUAGAGGUUUGCAACAACAACCUCUCCGGGCCGCUCCCGGAAUGGCUUUGCGCCAACGGAAAGCUCUACGACCUCGACGUAUUCAACAAUCGCUUCUCUGGCGAGCUCCCAAAGAAUCUGGAUGACUGCGUCCUGCUAAACAACCUCAUGCUUCACAAUAACUGCUUCUCCGGGGAGUUCCCGGCGAAGAUAUGGUCAUUAUUUCCGAAGUUGACCACCGUGCUGAUACGGGAAAAUAAUUUCACCGGGGUUUUGCCGGCCAAGAUAGGUGAGAACAUAUCGCGGAUUGAUAUCGGGAACAACAUGUUCUCUGGGUCCUUGCCAACAUCUGCAACCGGGCUGUACGAGUUCUAUGCAGAGAACAACCUGCUCUCCGGCGAGCUACCAUCCGACGUGAGCAAGUUUCCCAACCUUAGACGUUUGCUGUUGCGUGGCAACCAACUAACAGGUUUCAUACCAUGA